CGCUCUGUCCAAACAGCACAACCACAGUAUUAUUUCGUGUCGCUCAAUACAAUUAAUUGUGAAGAAACGGCCCAUUAUAUUAUGUAGAUGCAGCCGAACUCAACUGCAGAUUAACAAAACUAUUAUAACGAAAACAUCUCACAUCGAAUCUUUAAUAAAUAUAAAUAUAGUAUCAUUUUAAAUUAUUUUCACGAGUCUCGUAUACGGAACAGUAUUAUUAAUACUGUAAUAAGGCAAUUGAUCGAAAAGCUAACGUGGAAAUUUUCAUUUUUCGAACAAAUUACGACAGUCAUCUAUAAAUUAUUGUUCAAAAUAGUAGAUUCUCAUAUAUAUAUAUACAAUAUACAUACAGACACCAAGAGAACAAUAUUAUAUACUAACCGUCACUAUGAAAUUUUAUUCACGACGCGUAUCCCAGAGAUGGGUGAUGGCCGUGAUGGGGAUGCUGGGCGUGACGAUGGCGUACGUGAUGCGGGCCUGUCUGGGCAUCACGCUCACGCAAAUGGUGUUGCCGGUACAGGUGCAGGGGCGGCGCAGCGAUCCGCUGACGGCCGUGCAACACGACUACUGUCCGAUGACGGGAACGGCGGCGGCGCACUCCGCUCCGGCGUCCAACCGGACGACAUCAGUGGCGGCCGCGGCACCGGCGCAAGGGCGCGUUCACGGCGAUCGCCCGCGGUUCGACUGGGACGAGGAGACGCAGGGACAGGUGCUGUCGGCGUUCUACUACGGUUACAUACUCACGCACCUCCCCGGCGGGGCGCUGUCCCAGAAGUACGGCGGCAAGCACACCAUGGGCCUGGGCAUACUGUGCACGGCCAUAUUCACACUGAUGACGCCGUUCGUGGCGCACAUCGGGUCCACGCCACUGACCAUCCUGCGGUUCGUGGAAGGACUCGGCGAGGGGAUGACGUUCCCAGCGCUUUGCACGCUCUUGGCGCAGUGGGCGCCACCCGAAGAAAAAGGAAAGUUCGCCACACUGGUGUUUGCAGGUGCGCAAAUCGGUAAUAUUUUGUCGAACUUUUUGAGCGGUUAUAUCAUGCGGUACAUACCUGGCGGUUGGCCAAACGUAUUUUACUUAUUUGGCAUUAUUUCGAUCAUUUGGUUUGUACUCUGGUGCAUGUUCAUCUACAACGAUCCAAAUUCUCAUCCAUUCAUUUCGGACGAAGAGAGGGCCUAUUUAAAAAAAUCCAUUGGAAGAUUAGAAAGAAAGAAGGAUCUGACACCUACACCUUGGAAAUCCGUAAUAACCUCUGGGCCUGUAUGGGCACUGAUCAUAGCUGGAGCAGGACACGAUUGGGGCGCUUUUACUUUAAUCAGCGAUCUUCCCAAGUAUAUGAAUGAUGUAUUGCACUUUUCUGUGACGGAAAACGGUUUUUUGUCUUCAAUACCAUUUUUUGCCCAAUGGAUCACAUCAAUUGCUGCAAGUAUAUUAGCCGAUCGUCUAAUAAGUAAUGGAACGAUGGGAGUCACCAAAAUCCGAAAAAUAUAUGCCAUAAUAGGUAAUCUUGGUCCCGCUUUGGGAGUGAUGGGUGCCUCAUUUGUUGGAUGUAAUAAAAUCCUUGCAACAUUGUGUUUCACCUGUGGCGUAGCUCUUAUGGGAUUCUGCUAUCCUAGCUUACGUAUUAAUUCACUUGAUUUGUCACCCAAUUAUUCACCUACACUAAUGGGAUUGGUAAAUGGUAUUGGGUGUUUGUCAGGAAUGGCCACUCCAUACAUGGUAGGAAUCCUUACACCACAUAGAACCGUUUUAGAAUGGCGUUUGGUAUUUUGGAUCAUGGUCAUAAUAAUGAUGUCAACAUCUAUAAUUUUUGCGUUUUUUGGAUCCGGUGAAGUACAACCAUGGGAUGACAUAAAACAAUAUCGUUUAAGCGAAAACGAAAAAGAAAAUAAAGAAGGUGAAUCAAAUGUAAUACAAAUGAAAUCAAUAGAAAACAUCAAAAUAGUUUGAUUCACAAUCUAACCCAUACUAGCAAAACCAUCAAAACCAUCCUAAACAUUGUAAAUAUAAAUACAUUUUACCUAUUAAUUUAAUUAUUAAACUUUGUUUUAUUAAUUGUUUUAGAAAUGUUCUGUUAUCUGUUGAAAUAAUAAAAGAAAUUGUAAUUGUUUGUACAUCAUUAUUUAUAUCUAAUAAAAUAAAUAAAAUAUUUUUGUACAUUA